GUGUGUGUGUGUGUGUGUGUGUGUGUGUGUGAGUUUGUAAAACCUACCAACCGGGGAAAAUCGUAUGAAUACACACCAACAAACCGGGGAACACCUACCAACCGGGGAAUUCCCCGGUUGGUUAUAGGCGAAAAUCUCUAAUCUACGUGUAUGGAAUACCAAACUGUCAAUUUAAAUUAGAAAUCCAACGCCUUCCCCGAUUAGCGGGUUUGUGGCAUGCACAAAAUAUACACAAAUGUUGACUAAAUUACAAUCGAGUGUGUAUCCAGGCUUAUAACAGUUCCCCGGUUGCGCUGUUUAAAAAUCAUACACUCGGUAUUUAUAUCAUUUAGUGAAAGUAAGUUGGAAAAAUGGAGUUUCGAGCGAACAAACGCAUUAAACUAAGUAGCCAAAAGGGUCCAAGUCCCCUUGAUCUCGCAAGAACGUACUGCCAGAAUUACGUUGAUCCACCAGGUUUUGAAGUAAAAACCGUCAAUGAUGUCAUAGGCGAAGGAGUCUUCGCCACUAAGCCUUUUAAAAACGGAGACUUUCUUCUCGAAUACAAAGGGGAUCUGAUAACACGAGUAAAACAUGCACGGCAAUUAGAAAAGGAGUAUGAAAAGGAUGGUCUAGGCAGCUUCAUUUACUUUUUUAAAUACAGAGACAAAUCUUGCUGCAUUGACGCUACCAACGAUAUAUUUCAUGAGGGUCGAAUGAUAAAUGAUGCCGAAAAUGGAGACGCAAAACAAAUUUGUGUAAUGAAAAUAGUUGAAGUCAACCAAACUCCCCAUCUAUGCACUUUCGCCGACGGAGACAUUGCAAUUGGCGAGGAACUCCGAUAUGAUUAUGGAGUACCAACACUUCCAUGGAGAAAGAAAUGCACGGAGCAAAAAAUGGAAAUGUACGGAACAAAAAAGGGCAACACAAUGACUACUAGAUCUACGGACAGCCAGGAACCAGGACAAACAACAUCCGUACACACGAAAGAAGUCGAUGAGACGGUUUGUAAUAUUUCACUAUGUCGAAGCUACUAAGGGGUAUUUUCUGGUUUGGUUUAGUCUUCAGUGAAAUGGGCGUAAUUUUGCCUUAAAUUAUAUCGUGCCAAUAUUUAUUCCGGGUAAUGCUAAUUAGUAUUUGGGCUUAACAUAAC